CGCGAGGCAGCUGGCCGUCGAGGCGCUGCCGUACGCAGGGCUGAGCGAGGAGGUGGAGGCGGCCCUCAGGGAACAGGAGGGCGGAACGUGCCUCUUGUCGAUCGCCGUGGGGCGGUCGUACAUUGAGGCAGCGAAGCUCGCUGGCAGGACGAAGGCGGCCUAUGCGAAAAAGGCUGGCUAUCGCAACCUGUUUUUCUAUUUCGAUGAUCCUCACCAGUUCAACGAGUGGUGCCGGGGCACAGGGCUGGGCUCCAAGUUUCAGUGGGAGGACAAGCAGUGGACGCAUUCGACAUUACUCAAAUAUUGUGCCGUGUCUGCUGCGAUCAACGAGAACGGUUGCGACAAGGUGUUGUUCACCGAUGCGGACGCGCUGAUCAUCAAUUUCGACAUCACCGUCGGAUUCGAUUGGCCAGGGGCGUCACGUUCGCAACGCGACGGUCCGCAUUCGCUGUGGGCCUUUGCGCAGUGGCCAGAGGGAUUUGACAGCAGCUGGAAGCCCAACGUGGAGGUGGUGCCACGCGAUUCGAAGUGGUGCACCUACGGUAUGGAUGUUGCGGCACCCGCGUCGAGCUCGCCUGGGUCUUGCGGCUCCUACGCCAGGUUCGCUUCAUGUCUCAACACGGGCGUUUUCGUCAUGGACAACUCUCAGGCUUCGAAGGAUUUCGUGCACCAAGUUGUCCGGACGUUGCUCGAGAUCACCCAGGAUGGAUGCUCGACUGCCAGCCUGAAUCCGUGGGGCCUGGACCAGUGCAAGUUGUCGCAUGGUGAUCAGUGCAUUGCAGCAUGCUCUAUUAGGAACGCGGCAUCAAAUGCGAAUCUGGACGACCAGAAUGUCACGGUGCCAGAAGAGUUCAUGUGUCUUGACACGACGGCUCGUCCGCGUCUGCAGGAGACCUACCAGUUGAGGCACGAUUACCCUGUCCCUCAUAGCGACACGUUCGUUGUCAAUUGCAUUGGUGACGACAAGGUCAAAUGCAUCAACACUGUGAUGAUGAAGUUCCCCCAUCUCGCCGAAUUUGCCGAUGACGAUUGGUAGGACCUCCCUGGAGUGGCAGCCGUUCUGAGGCUGCAUCUCUGCGUCGGCCCGCGGCGCUGCAAAGCACGCCAGCGAUCCGCUUCAGCUUGUGGUGGCUGCUUGAGACAGCUUGACGAUCAGAGGACGGGGAGGAGGAGUUGGGGUGGACAAGGAGCAGAUCGAGAUCGCAGGGACCUUGGCCCUGGGCCGACUCACGACUUCCUGCCAGGCCAAAGGUUACCUGGCAGGAGUUGAAAGACGUGGUCCAUUUUGUCAGAGAGCAGCGCACGAUCAGUCAGUUUUACAGUCUUUUGCGUGAUGACAGUCGGCGACGCAUUGUGCAGUUCUGACGAUUGGCAGCGUUUGAGAGCAUCGCGCGCCCGUUUGAGCACGAACGUGUAAAUGCUGGUCAGGCGUGCAGUCAACCCGCAUAGGAAGGAUGAGCAGC